GCAUGUAGUCCACCCAGCCUUGUGGCUGACACUAAACGCUUUUUCUUUUUUCUUUCUCCAGGCUGCACCUGUGCUUGGCUGUCACCCUCCACACAGAGGGUGUCUCUGCCACCACCCCAGCCCUGCUCCGGGACAACUGCCCGUGAUAAAGGUCCUUGGUGUUUUCUGGGGGACCCCUCAUGUCGAACCAGGGCAGGGAUGGAAGAAAGUUUUGAGACGUUCGAAGAGGAGUUAGGCAGGCCAGAGCCUCCACCUCAGAAGCCUGUCAGACAGGUCCGCAGACCAGUUCCAGAAAUGUAUGCUCAGGAGAGAAGAAGAACCCUACAGGAACGGACCAUGUCUUCUCAACAGGAACCUCCAGUCAUGCAGCAGGAAGUCCCCAAGAUAAUGCCCAGAGAACCCAGUCUCCCCGCCAGAAGCACGUCUCUGCGUAAAGCUAUGUCCCUCCAGAACCUGAGCCAGAUAGAGACACCCUGGGAAGGGGUCACACUUAACCGCUGUCUGUUCAUAGCUAUCGCAAUCCUGCUGCUCAGCUCCGGCUUUCAGAAACUACAUGAAACCAUAAAAGGUCGACGGGCUGUGGCAGAAGAGGAGUAUGAUGAUGCGCUGACUGUGAGGCACUCAGCAAUGAGAUACAAAGUCCAACCACAGGAGCCUGAGACCUCUCUAUAUGAGGUGCUGUUCUGGUGGUUACCUGACUUUAAUGACGAAGAUGAUGACGGGGAAACCAAACAAGGUCGAUUGAAGAAGGGGGUCAGAGAGAGGUCGCUGAAGGGCCUGAGAAGCAGGGGAACACCAGAGGGAAGACUUGUCAAAGGCAGAAAGGUGGAGGAAAAGAGGGCUAAGAGAGAGAGAGAUGAAGAAACUAAGCAGAAGAAAACGGGAAAACAGGUCAAGCUGAGAGGGGAGGAAAAAUAAGUGGCGGAAGAUGGAGGAAGUUAAACCCAAGAUACAAAAGGUUAAGAAAUUAAAAAGCCAGCAAAUCGUAGGAGGGCAAAUGGCAUGCGGUCUGAUGAAGCAUUUAGUAAAGGAGUACAACAGUAGUUCUAGUUCUCCAUAUGUAAUAGUAAAAUAAGGUAAUGUGGAUGGGCAUCAUUGUGAACACUCAUUAUAGGUUGUCUGCACAAAUGAAUGUUCCAACUAAUAAAUGGUGCAUUUCUGCUGGCUCAUUGGCAGCCAUUACAAGUGACAGAAGAGAAACAUGACUGAGUUCCCGGUCUGCCAUGUCUUUGUUGCUUAGAAUAUUGUUCAAUGAUGCCAUUUUGAAAAUGUUGGUUUGUAUUGUAAAGUUGAGCAAGACGUCUCAUUUGAGUAAUUGUCUGGGUGCUAUUGUUUAGUCCCCUGUAGCUCAGUUGGUAGAGCAUGGCGCUUGCAAUGCCAGGGUUGUGGGUUCGUUUCCCACAGGGGG